UUGUCUGUACCACCAGCAGCCAGAGUACCCAAUGCACGAGGAUGCCACGCGUUUCGCGAGUGCUGGGAUCAUUCAUUUCAACGGCGUCUUCCGGGGUGAUUCAAACGAUGGAUCUGCACAUAUUGGACCACAGAUUAAGGGUGACAUGUGUCAGCAAACCUGGACUGGAGCUUUACACCCACCCCCUGAUCAAACUGAUAUUUUUAAGAAACAGGACAAGAUGCAAAUUUUUCAGUCUGACGGAAACUCCGGAAAAUUACACAGUUGUCCUCGAUGAAGAGGGAUUUAAAGAGUUACAGCCGUCGGAGCACUUACAGGUGGAGGGUUCCACUUGGCUCCCUCUCAAUGUUGUCUCCAAUGGCAAUGCUUCCAGUAGCUCACAGGCUGUGGGCGUCACCAAGAUCGCCAAAUCUGUUAUUGCUCCAUUGGCCGAGCAGCACGUGUCUGUCUUCAUGCUCUCCACGUAUCAGACAGACUUUAUUCUGGUGCGAGAGAAAGACUUGUCAGUGGUGGUGGAGACUCUAGAGGUGGAGUUUAAUAUUUUCAGAGAGGAGGGGGGUGAGCCUGUGCCCGUUCACAGGCAGGACGACUGGAACGGCCUCCAGCGGAAUGGCAGAGAGGUACUACAUGCAACGGUUCAUCCGGUCUUGAUCCCAGAAAAUCAGUUCUGUGUAAUGAGUCUAGAUCCGGACACUCUGCCAGCGAUUGCCACCACCCUCAUAGACGUUCUGUUCUACUCGAACAGUCCAAAAGAGGGCGCCAGUGUGGAUCAGAAAAUUGAAGGCAUCAAGUUCUUCUCCUUCUCUCUGAUUGAUGGAUACAUUUCAUUGGUGAUGGACACGGAAGCACAGAAACAAUUUCCUGCUGAUCUUCUUUUCACCAGCAGUUCUGGUGAGCUCUGGAGGAUGGUGAGGAUAGGAGGACAGCCUCUUGGAUUCGAUGAAUGUGGAAUAGUGGCUCAAAUCUCUCAGCCCCUUGCAGACAGUGAUAUAUCAGCUUAUUACAUCAGUACCUUUAGUUUUGACCAUGCUCUGGUGCCAGAAGAAGACAUUGUGAGCGUGACUGAGAUGCUUCAAGCUCAGAGGAAGGAUGUGUCCCACUGAAGCCCUCGUUAAAUGCAUUUUUAGUUUGAGGAGGGUUGAAAAAUGCCCCUGCAGUGGAUGGUAGAUCUUUUCUGUGCCACAAACACAGUAUUACCCUCUUAUCGUCUAGCCAUAACCACAGAGGUGCUACAGUGACAGCAUUUAAGAGCCUGGGCUCAUUUUUAAGUAAAUGGCUAAAAUAAAAAUAAAAACUCUGGCAUUGUGCUUUUGCGGAAACUGCGCUGAUCAUAUUUUGAGAAUUUAAGUAUUUGUACAUGCUGAUUUAAAUGACAGUGGCAUAGCAUAUAUCUUUGCAGAAGCCAGACAGUUUGAAGCACUUUUUUUUGUUGUUGAGUGAAUUAGAGGUUAUGACGCAGUCAUUAGAUUUGCAGCCUUUAUUACUUCAAUGCAUUGGUAAUAAGCAAAUAUUGUUGAGAUUUCUUCCAGAAAUAUAACUGUGUAAAAUCCA